AUGCACCUGCUUGCAACCUACUCUCUGACCUCUUUGGCUUUCUCAUCGCUUAUCGUCUGUGUUGCCUGUGACCCUGGUCCUGCAAACCUCAUUCCCUCCCAACAAGGCGCGAACACUGACGCUGACGACGAGAUCAGUCUUACGGAUGCUUUGAUGCCAAACGAAGAUUACACGGCUCCAGGAAGAUGGUGUCGUAAAUGCUGGGCGCCGAAGCCUGAAAGAACACACCAUUGCUCGAUAUGUGGCCGUUGCGUGCUUAAAAUGGAUCACCAUUGUCCUUGGCUUGGUUCCACAUGUAUCGGUCAUAGAACCUAUCCUGCCUUUGUACACUUUCUUUGUUCUGUCACUCUCCUUGCUACGUAUAUUGCUAUAAUCUCUAUUUCUGCACUCUUGGAUGCUUUUCACAACCCAUUCCUCGUUCAUGAAUUUACCCCUGUCCAUGAACUCAGGCUCGCUUUUGCUGGGAUUGUUUUUUCACUCGUGAUUGGAUCGUUCGCUUGCUACCAUCUAUAUUUAAUUUCGUACCCCCAUUUAUGCUGCUGCGCCAUCUUCCUCCAUUACCGCAGACUGGUCAUUCACUCUCCAAUCCACCGCUUCAGCCCAAACUAG